GGUGGUGGUGGUGGGGACAUUUGGACAGUAUAUAAGAGCAGUCACCACCAACAUUUGUCAGUUAAGUCAUCACCACCGCUACUACCACUACUACUACCACCACCACUACUACUACAAGAUGAAGUUCAGCGCUGUCCUCCUCGUGACCCUCGCCCUGGUUGGCCUGGCUACCUGUUACCCUGUGUUUGACUUCGAGGGGGAGGAUCAGUCACAUGAACAGAACGGAGAAGCUGGCGAGGCGGUGGAGGGCUACUACAGUUGGACAUCCCCAGAAGGCGAGGAGUUCUAUGUGAAGUAUGUGGCGGACGAGCUUGGGUACCGUGUGGUGGAGUCCAAUGCAGUACCCGAGGAUGGCAACGGCGUGAAGGCUGACGGUAACCAGGGAGCCUUCAGCGAGGAGGAGGAGGGUGAAGAAGAGAGGAAGUGAGACAUGGGGAUUCUAGCGAUAUCUUUACAUCUUCCUGGCUUUUUAGGAGUAGAUUAACGAUGUAUUUAUGUAUUUAUUGUAGUGUUAAGAGUGUCAUGUGAGAGUACUGGUGUCUAGUGUGUUAUUAAAUAAUGAAGUGAA